AUGCCAAAGGAUAGAAGAGAUCGUUCCAUAUCUUUUGAUAGGUGCAGGGAAUCUCCUUAUACAUGCAGCUCUAGUUGUUCAAGACGAACUUCACCUAAAAUCCCUUCAGAAACCGAGGAGAAUCUGAAGGAAUGGGAAGAUGCCAGGUGCCCUGUAUGCAUGGAACAUCCACACAAUGCUGUUCUACUUAUGUGUUCUUCACAUGAGAAAGGUUGCCGUCCUUACAUGUGUGAUACAAGCUAUCGUCAUUCUAAUUGUCUUGAUCAGUUUCGCAAGUCAUUUGCAGAAACAACUUCAACAACUCCACAACCACAAGAAAGUAGGAUCACAACCAUGAAUGCUUCUGCAAUUGUCAGCUCAGUAUCAACAGUUACAGUUCCACCAGAGGUUCGAUCUGAGGAAGGAUCCUCACCUACUGAAACCAUUUCUUGUGAAAACAAGGUGCAGCCAAAGCUAGUGUGCCCCCUGUGUAGGGGGCAGAUAAAAGAGUGGAUUGUAAUGGAACCUGCGCGAAGUUUCAUGAAUGCAAAAUCAAGAAGUUGUGCCUGUGAGACAUGCAAUUUUACCGGCACGUACUCGGAUCUCAGGAAGCAUGCUAGGAUUGAACACCCACUUGUUCGACCAUCAGAGGCUGACCCAGAGCGGCAACGUAAUUGGAGGCGGCUGGAGCGUCAGAGGGACCUUGGAGACUUGCUUAGCACACUCCAAUCUUCAUUUGGAGAAGAGAGGGGUGAUGACAUUUUGCCUAUAGAUGAUGGUGGUUGGCUUACUGUAUUCUUUCUUAUAAGAGUUUUUCGACCUGGAUCUAGUCCAAGGAGUAGUAGCUGGUCGGGUACCUCAAGAGCCAGAGCACAGCUAGGCUUCAGAAGGAGAGCCGCCCGGCAUUGGGGGGAGAAUCAUGAUGGUGAAACUGGAUCUUCUUCCAGAGAGGAUGACAAUGAUUCUUCAGAUGGUGGGUCAGGCCCUUGGAGGCGCAGUGAGCGCAUCCGGCGAAGGACAACACCAGACCAGUUGUGA